ACGGGAAGCUCGAGGGGACACCCUUUUUCACAACAUAUUCUAGAUGCUGACUUGCCUCAAGGGAUCAGGGAGCUUAAUAUCUGGUAUGACGGGUCGACUGACCCCUCCCGACAUCUUAGAAGUUUCAAAAACAUGGCAGUAUUGCACCGAUACAACGACCCCGUUCAGUGUCGAGCAUUCCUGACGACCCUGCGAGGGCCAGCGCAGGAUUGGUUUCAUCAAUUGCCCCCGGGGGCCGUCAGGGAUUUCGAUGGAUUUAGCUCGAGUUUCCUGAACCAAUUCGCAAGUGUGAAAGCCCAAGAAAAAUCGUACCUUACUUUGAUAGGUAUGCAACAGAAGGAAGGGGAAUCAUUGAGGGACUAUGUAGCGAGGUACACAAGGGCAUGUGUCGACGUCCCCUCGGCCACUGAGGAGAUCAAGUCGGGAGGACUCACUCGAGGACUACUCCCAGGAUUGUGCAGGAAUUCCCUAGCGAAGCGGCCCGGGAGGACGUUUGAUGAAGUAUUGGGAAGGUGCGCUAAAUACAUGAAUGUCGAGGAAGCCGAAGCCGACUUUCUGCAAGCGGCUAAGCCAAAAGAUGAGCCUCGAGACGAGAAGAAGGACAAAAAGCUUGUCGCGGCAACUGAGAGGAAAGGAUCCCCAAGAGCCGAGAGAGAGGGGCGACCAAGGGGGUGGAGGACAGCCCAAUAUACUCCCUUGUCGACCUCGCGGGCAAGGAUACUGGAGGUUAUGGAGAGAGAAAUCCGUGACAACGUUGUCAGGUGGCCACAAACGAGGAAGGACGGGCCGACAAAACCUAAAAGUAACCUGUAUUGUCGAUUUCACAAAGACUACGGCCAUAAUACCGAUGAAUGUCGACACUUGAAAAAUGAAAUUGAGAGACUAAUCAAAGCAGGCCAUUUGAAGGAGUUCGUUUAUAAAGAUCGAGAACGACCCAGUCGACGAAGGGAGAGGAGCAAAAGCCCUCACAAGAGGGCGAGAACACCUGAUAAGGAAGAGCUUCCCCAAAAAAGAGGAGUAAUUCAUAUGAUAUUUGGAGGGCCGACCGAUGGCGGUUCAAAUCGGGCUAGAAAAGCAUAUGCUCGAGGACAUCUUGGAAAGACCGAAGUGCAGCAGGUCGAAGAGGAUGGUCCAGUGAUGAAUUUUGGACCAGCCGACGUAGGAGCAGUUGAGAGACCUCAUAACGAUGCCUUGAUGCUCACAGCCCAGAUAUCGGGCUACGAGGUCCAUAGAAUUUUUGUCGACACGGGUAGCUCGGUGAAUGUAAUAUUCUUUGAUUGCCUUAAACGGAUGGAACUCGAUAUUGAACUCUCGCCUCUCCACACGUCACUUUUUGGAUUCAAUGGCUCGGAAGUCGCCCCCCUGGGGGAAACCACUCUUGCUGUU